AGCGCAUCAUCACAGAAGACAUUCACACACCAUUCCGUUUCCUCGCACCGCUCGUUUUCGUACGUUCGACUUUUUGAAGGAAAACAAAACGUUACCAGUUUGUGCACGACGAGGUCUAACAUAUCGAGUCGAAUCGUACGCGGCCACUGAAGUCGAGUCCAACGCGGCGGUUCCUCUAAGGAAUUAUAUCCGGGUCGGACUUGUCAACGGGUCCGGUCGCAACGAAAGAGGACAGCUCAGAUAUCUAAUAAAAAGAAAUAAUAAUACCGGGAAAAAAAAGACGGUGUCUCUUUUUUUUUUAAUUUGAUAUUCUACUCACCUGACAACCUCACAAAUAAGCGCUAGCACUUCUUUUCGCGGUCCGUACCCCUUCACCUUUUUAUAUACGCAAAAGUUGUUGUUAGCUGGGGCACGCUGGUCCGACAAGUAAUAAGAAGUAAUCAAUUUUUUGUUCUCUCGAAAGAUAGAACGGCAGAAGGUAGGCGGCGAUAAACUUGUUUGAAGCAGUUUGCUUGCGCGUUAUUAUUAUUAUUAUUAUUAUUACCGGAACGACGAAACGGUAGCGGGGAAUAAUUAAAAGGGAAAAACCAUUUGAGGAUAGGAAAGAAGCCCGAGUGGUUCUUGCCUCUUCGCGGUUUCUCUGUAAGUAAAUUAUAUACGUAUUACUGACUUCUUUCUUCAUUUCAAUUUCGAGCCGUCGAGCUGGUCCGCAGCCACUUGUCACAGGCGUUCUUUUUUUUGUGCCGUUAACAUUUCGAUUUUAUAGCCCAUUAUGUUUUCGAUUGAGACGGCGGAGCAGGUCGCGGCGGCGUUGGAGCUGCCCGACUGGGUGCUGGAGAAGUCCGCCGCGUGGACCUACGCCUGUUUCGGCUUCUUCGGCGAUUCGUUCGAGGACAUCGUCAAGACACGCUUCCCGGAGCCGUACGCGGCGGCGCAGCAGUGGGUGCACGUCAACCAGCACCCCUUUGCCAAACGCCUGCCUUACUUGAACCCCUGGCACUGCAUCGCCUCCAUUCUGGGGUACUUCGCCGUGAUUGUGACGUUUCGCCUGUUUGGUCGCUUCCUUGGGAAGUGUACCUGCCGCAAUUUGGGUCUCUUCCACAAUCUCGGCCUCCACCUUCUCUCCCUCUACAUGAGCGUGGGCUUGAUGGUCAGCGCGCGCGCGGCGGGAUACACGGUGUGGAACAACGCCGCCGGUACUUCCCGCGCGGAGUGGCGCAUCGCCAAGCUGAUCUGGCUCUUCUAUGUGUCGAAAGUGGUGGAGUGGGUGGACACGUUGAUCAUGCUGCUGAAGCAAAAUUAUCACCAGGUGAGCUUCCUGCAUAUCUACCACCACGCCACGAUCUUCGCGAUGUGGUGGCUGGCCUCCAUGAAGGCGCCCGGUGGAGAGGCGUACUACAGCGCCAUGGUGAACUCCGCCAUCCACGUCGUGAUGUACGGCUACUACUUCCUGACGUUGCUGUUUCCAUCUGGCGCCGUACGCAGCGUGCUGAAUAGGUUCAAGUUUGUCAUCACGAAGGGACAGAUGACGCAGUUCGCCUUCAACUGCAUGCAAUCCGCCUACGACCUUGUCCUGGUGCCACGCGCGCAGCUCAAGUACAGCGCUCCGCUGCUGCAGGCGCUCUUCUGGUACAUGAUCUCGCUGCUGGCGCUGUUUGGAAACUUCUUGAUGAAGGGCAGCAAGAGGGCGCACCACCACACGCACCGCGCAGCGGCGGCGGAGCAUUCGAGCGUGGCAGCCAAGGAGGCGUCGUUGAAGAAGACGGGCGAAGGCGACGCUGUGAAGGUCGGAAUGACGAAGGUGCAGGUGAGGGAGCAGCAGAAGUUGAGCAAGCACAAGAACGGCACCAACGGUACGAGCGCGUCGCAGAAGACCGCGAUUCACCCAAAUGCUGCAACGCAAGCGAACGCGGAGCCGGUGUUCCGCCACUAA